CGUCUUGGAACCUGUAAUAAGGAUCCUAUCCCUCAUCUGCUGCCCUAUCCCAGUCCGAUCAACGUACAAGGGCUAGGAGCGCCCAGCUUCACUCGCCUCAUAUACGCUCCGAUGCAGAAAGUCAUAUCGACCUUGCCUCUUGUCGCGUCUCUCGCGGGACCAUUCGGCAACAUCAGGAAUAUUGCUACCUUCGGCGAUUCCUAUAGUGCUACAUCUCCCACUGCAACCGGCGGGACCGCUUGGCCGACUUACCUUGCCGGCUACGCCAAUCUGACACUCUUCUCCUUCGCUGUCUCCGGCGCAGCAUGCGACAAUAAUCUCACUCCGAAGACGACCCCGGACCUUCAAAGCGAAAUCAACACGUAUUUUGACCUCACAGCCAAUGGAUCCACUACGCUUGACCCCAGCGAGACGUUGUACACCCUAUGGAUAGGCACGAACGACGUCGGCGCAGGCGAGCUGCUGACAGGCCAGGCGACCUCUGGCGUCACCGUGGUGGACACAACCGAAUGCGCUAUCCAGUGGAUCAAGACCUUGUACGGAAGUGGUGCACGUAACUUCCUGUUCCAGAAUAUGAUACCCCUCGACUUGACAUCCAUAUACCAAGCAGACUCAUAUCCGGAUCACUACUGGUCCGCUCAGCGGAAUACCACAGAAUGGAACAUAUUCAUGAGAGAAUUGGUUGCUGCUGGCAAUGCCCUAUCCAAGCUCUUCAUCCAGCUGACGACGCCGAGCCUUGUCGGCGCAACCGUAGGUUACUUUGACACACACGCUCUUUUCAUGGACAUGUACAACAACCCUGCCCUCUACCUCAACGGCACCGCACCGCUGAAUGUCACUGGCUCCGUCGUCUCUUGCAUACUGCAAGUCAACGAAUCGACCAGUGAUCCAGGCGAUUGCACUGUCGCACAGGGUACUGACCGCGACAGUUUCUUAUUCUACGAUGAGGCGCAUCCUAGUGAACAAGCGGAUCGAGUCUUAGCAAGGGAAAUUGCAGAAGUGCUCAACGGGACUAGCGGACAAUGGCUAACAGUUUUUAAGGGAUAA